GCGUAAAUCGAGCAGCCCUGUACAGCGCCGAUCGGCAAGCGCGGGGCUGACUUGUCACUGUUCUCGUUCCCGGCCACGGUCGGUCUCGGUCUCGGUCUCGUGCUCGAAGCGAAUGCGGGCGUGUUCCGGGGAAAAAGCCGCAUUCAAAUUUCAAAUGCCUUCUCCCCGUUGAGGUGUGCAGUGCAGUGCAGUGCAGCCUUUGCUCGAGGCCCUUCGUGGUUCCCUUCGAUCGACGACGAUGCUCAUCAAAUGCGUUCCUCUCGGUGCAGGUCAAGAUGUUGGGAAGAGCUGUGUUAUCGUUACCAUCGGUGGGAAGAAUAUCAUGUUCGACUGCGGUAUGCACAUGGGUUAUCAAGAUGAGCGGCGAUAUCCGAAAUUUUCGUUCGUCUCCAAAUCUGGCAACUAUACUCAAGCUAUUUCCUGUGUCAUAAUCACUCAUUUUCACUUGGAUCAUAUCGGUGCGUUGCCAUAUUUUACUGAAGUUUGUGGAUACGAUGGGCCCAUAUACAUGACUUAUCCUACAAAAGCAUUGGCACCGUUAAUGUUAGAGGACUAUCGCAAGGUGCUGGUGGACAAGAAGGGGGAACAAGAACUCUUCAGUGUCGCCCAGAUACAACAAUGCAUGAAGAAAGUGACUGCUGUAGACCUAAAGCAGACCGUGAAGGUGGACAGUGAAUUGGAGAUACGAGCCUACUAUGCUGGACACGUGCUUGGAGCUGCCAUGUUCUACGUGAAAGUCGGGGAUGAAUCUUGUGUUUACACUGGUGAUUAUAACAUGACCCCUGAUCGACAUCUGGGCGCCGCUCAAAUUGAUGCCUUACAGCCAGACCUACUCAUCACAGAAUCAACGUACGCCACCACUGUUCGAGAUUCAAAACGUGCUCGGGAAAGGGAGUUUUUGAAGAAGGUACACAGUUGUGUUGCUGGAGGAGGAAAAGUAUUGAUUCCUGUCUUCGCACUUGGUCGAGCACAGGAGUUGUGCAUAUUGCUGGAUGAAUACUGGGAGCGAAUGAACCUCAAGUAUCCGAUUUACUUCUCUGCAGGAUUGACUAUGCAGGCAAACGUUUAUUAUAAGUUAUUGAUAAGUUGGACAAAUCAGAAAGUAAAAGAGUCGUUUGUGACUCGCAAUACCUUUGACUUUAAACACGUUGCUCCUUUUGAUCAAACGCAGAUUGACGCACCUGGGCCGAGUGUUCUUUUUGCAACUCCAGGAAUGCUGAGUGGUGGACUAUCUUUGGAAGUUUUCAAACACUGGGCUCCUUCAGAGCUUAACAUGGUUGUUGUGCCAGGCUUUUGUGUAGCUGGAACUGUCGGAAACAAACUAAUUUCUGGGAAGGCAACAAAACUCGAAAUCGAUAAGCGCAGCCCUGUGGAUAUACGCUGUCAGGUACAUCAACUGUCGUUCAGUGCACACACCGAUGCCAAAGGUAUCAUGGAUCUAGUAAAGCAUGUAAAUCCCCGGAAUGUCGUUUUGGUACACGGAGAAAAGCCAAAAAUGGCUACUUUGAAAGCUAAAAUCAUUGCUGAUCUAGGAAUUCCUUGCUACGAUCCUGCAAACUAUGAGACUGUGGAAGUAUCUUCUCGCUGUGCAGUUAGAAUAAAUGUUUCGAAAGCAUUUGUGCAGACUAAUAUGAAUUGGGAAGACAGAUCCAUUGAUCCAAUGCUGCUAACGCGACCUGAGAAUGUUUUAAAAAUACCUCAUACGAGGGAGAGAACCGCUGUUGAAGGAGUGGUGAUAUUGGAUGAGACAUCGAAGUUGAAAAUCAUUCAUACUACGGAGGCCCCAACAGCAUUGAAUGUGAGGCAACAUGAUAUGAGCUUUACUUGUGUGUGCUCUAUCAUGGUUGAUAUCACUGAUGGGGAGGUCGAAGAGGAAUCGAAGUUGCAAGGGCUACAUACCUUCGGCAGCGACAUAGUAAAGGGUACAUCACCUGGGGACAGUCGAGAAGCCCAAUAUGGAGAAGGUGGCUCAAAUUUAUCUAAGUCACGCGAAGGGCCUCAUUUUCAGACCCAGGGUGAUGAAGAUGUGUCACGCAAGAAGUAUCGCAUGGAUGUGAAGAGAUGCUUAAGUCUCAAUUUGGAAAGAGAACCUGAAAUUGAAGAAGGAGAAGAGCUCGAGUCCCUCGAACAAAAUGAACUAAUGAGGGCUUCCAAUCCUUUUGCUGGCGAUCUUCAGCAUAAGAUUCCAGGAACAGGAAUCUCUAGAAACUUGGAUAUCAAUGCUGUGCCUGAAUCAUCCAGUGAAAUGGAGAUGGAACCUGCUAUCAGAGAACCUUCUCCAUCGCCACCAUCACCUCCAUCGGCAGCAGCUGUUCUCCACGCAUUAUCUGUGGGACUAAAUCACCUUACUAGUAGCAGGUCUAUGGUGGUGGAAGGAGAAAUUCUCAAAAGUUCCUCUUUUACUCUCAGAGUUAGCUCAGAAAGGCCGGAGAACCAAGUGCUCCAAAAACCAUCAGGGCUAGCUCCGAGAAGUUUUACUUAUCCUGAGUCCAAAGGAGACAAUAUUGUAGUGUAUUCCGCACAUUGUAGCUGGUCGUUUGAAGACGAUGCCCUAGCUAAUAGAAUAGUAUAUAUAUUGAGGCGAUGCAAGUUAAAAAUGUUUUAGCUGACUUUCGUUGCCGUAUCCUUGUGUCAUCAAAAUUUUGAAAGUAAAGGGGUUCGACAAGGUUUAGGCGCAGGCCGGAAGUACCAACUACCCACAUCUUUCUUAGAGUUUUAAUCCGUAGUUUAUGGCAAAAAGCAGGUUCGGAAGCUGUGCUCGACAGCCGUGUACUUGCCCACCACUUUCAAACACAGGUGAAGAGCUUGUCCUCAAGAAUCGAUCAUCCUAUCAGCAGUGGAAUUUUAGAGAAAUGAUGGCCUUAUAUGGACCGUCGCCUCGAUGAGUUUUCUCGCAAACACGCCAAAAGCGUUAACAGCCCAACUUGGGCUGGGGUUUUAUUUUCAGUCAUCACCUGUUUGAGAAGACUGCUAUGCUUGUACCACUGAUCUCGGGGCCUUCGAAUUGGACAUCAUGUCGGGUAGGUCUCGGUGAGGUUCACUACAGGAUAAAUAAAGAAAAACGGCCGACAAUGAUAUCCCGCCCAAGAGGUACUUUUAC